AUGGAUGCAAACGCUGUGGUGGCCCUUUGUGGGGGUUUCGUUUGUUUGGAGGAGAAAAAACGCAAGGUACGUAAAAUAUGGUGCAAGAAUUGGCUUAAAAAUAGGAACCAGUUUAGUCACAUGUCACUGUUGCAAGAAUUAGCAUCAAAUGAACCAAAUGAUUAUAAAAAUUACCUGAGGAUGACUGAAGAUUGUUUCGAAGACAUUCUUAGACGUAUUUCUCCAGAUAUUGUGAAACAGAAUAGUAUUUUGAGGGAGCCGAUCAGCUGUAAAGAGCGCCUUGCAGCGACACUUCAGUUUUUAGCAAGUGGCAGAACCUAUGAAAACCUAAAGUUUAGCUGCGCCAUUUCGCCUCAGUCGCUGGGAAAAAUCAUACCAGAAACCUGCACUGCAAUUUAUAAUGCUCUACGUGAGGAAUACCUGCACUUGCCUGAGAAUGAAAGCGACUGGAUGAAUAUUGCUACAGAUUUUAAAAAAUACUGGCAAGUAGAAAACUGCGUGGGGGCUCUUGAUGGAAAGCAUAUUGCCAUCCUUCAACCUCCUGGAAGUGGUUCGUAUUUCUUCAAUUACAAAGGUUUCUUCAGCGUUGUAUUAUUGGCUGUGGUAAACGCAAACUAUGAAUUUAUGUACGUAAAUUGUGGAGUGAAUGGACGGGUGUCUGACGGGGGAGUUCUCUUUGAAACCGAUUUUGGGCAACAGUUGGAAAACGGCCAGUUGAAUUUGCCAUCACCAACGACCUUUCCAAACAACAGAGAUGUAUGUUUACCUUUUGUUUUUUUGGGAGAUGAAGCUUUCCCCUUAAAAGAAAACCUAAUGAAGCCAUACCCUAAUAAGGGAAUCACCCACGAUGAAAGGAUUUUCAACUAUCGUAUUUGCCGUGGAAGAAGAGUUGUUGAAAAUGCCUUCGGCAUUUUAGCAAAUAGGUUCCAAGUAUUGCAAACAACAAUCAGGACGAGCUUGGAAACCACUGAAGUUAUUAUUUUAGCUUGCUGCGCACUCCACAAUUAUUUACGAAGGAAAAGCUCAACUUAUUUGACGCCUAGUUCGGUAGACUGGGAAAACACGGAAACUGCAGUUCUCACUGAAGGCGAAUGGAGGAAGAAUGUUCGCCAACUUUUAGGCAUGAAGCAACGCAAUCGAUCCGGGAAAGAAACAUCACUGGCUGAACCAAUCCGAAAAUACUACAGGGACUUCUACAACAACGAGGGACAAGUAGAGCGCAUGAUAAAUCGCCGCUAA